AUGGUCGCCACUUUGAGUGGAUGGAUUCGCUGCACCGACAUCUUAUUUCACUAUCAUUCAUCGCUUAAGGAUACGCGAGACGGUGUCUCUUUGCAGAAGAUUCUAGACAGGGACUCACUACUGCAUUCAAGACACCCCUUAGCUUCCGAUAAAGACGGGAAACCGGGGAUACAAGCCUAUGUGGGCACCUUUCACGAUGGCCAAGCGCGUCUGCUCUUCAGUUCUGCUCAAGUCGACUACCUCCGCUACUGGAUGCACCAGAUGCGGCUCACAACUAAGCUCAUUCCUCUUCCCUACUCCAAUUGCAUGUUUCUCAACACCGACAUCGCGUCUAUCGAGCCAACCGUCUUUGCGGACUUGUCCUUGCUGAGCGAAACGAGCAAAGUACUUUCCCACCCUCGUCGAAUGAACACGCAUUUGAGGGCAAACCCGCUUCUUGUGAAUCGGCGGUCGGUAUUCGAACAUCUGCGUGGGCUCUGGGCGGCGAAGAAGGGAGUGUGGUGUGCCCUGAAUAUCGAUGCUUGGGAGCGCGACCAUACUGUCAUCUCGGAUGUUGGCUGGACAUGGCUCCGAUGGGAUUCUGGCUCGGAAAUGCUGCGGCGCGGGCAUUUAGUCGUCACGAAAAACCAGACGUAUGCUGCAACAUCGCUUGAGGACAGCCUAUCUCAUGAAUUUGUUACCAUCAAUACCCUCAAGCAAAAGCUACAGUCGCUGUUCACUGAAAUGCAGCAGAAUGAACCGAUCUUUCUUAUCUCAAGCGACGCCCAAGGAACCAUGAGAUACUUGCAGUCGCAAUUGCGCCUGAACAUCCCAAGCACUAACGUCCUUCCCUGUGAAAACGGGACAGGCAUGUACAUCGUCGACUACAACGAACUAUUCAAUGCUCUCAUUGGCCGUCUGGACCAUGAAAUCGAGCCUAAACCGCUCGAACGCGUCUGCCACCACCUCAAGCUCCCUUUCAAAAUGACCCGCAACGCCGGUGUUGACUCUGAGACAUGUCUGGAUAUCGUGCGUUCCAUGGUGUCCGGGCCAAAGCUCGACUUGCAACGAGAAGCGCGUUGGCCAUUGCAGCUGGAGGUGCAGGUUCAAUUUCCUCCAUGGGAGGAGGAUCCCAACUACGCUGAUCUUGAAGGAGUUAUACCUCCAAAGAAGUAA